UCAACUUUCAGUACUUCCUCAGCUUCUUCUUCUACUUCUUCAAUCCUAUGGGUCGUCGUCUGCUACUCUCCGCCACCGUACUCACCCUCCUCACCAUCUCGUCUCUCUCAGAGGUCCGCUCUGCUUCCUUCAAGAUAGUCAACAACUGCCGGCGCACGAUAUGGCCGGGACUAUUCACCAGCGGCGGCGGCGGGAUGGGACAGCUCCCCACCACCGGGUUCGCUCUCAAGAGCGGGGAAUCCAAGAACAUAUCCAUUCCCACGCCCUGGUCGGGUCGGAUAUGGGGUCGGACCUACUGUGGCCGAGACUCUAGUGGCAAGUUCACGUGCCUGACCGGCGACUGUGGAUCCGGGGCCUUAGAGUGCGCCGGGGGUACUGGGCCUCAAACACCCUCCACGCUGGCAGAGUUCUCGCUAAACGUCUUGGCAGGGAUGGACUUCUACGACGUGAGCGUGGUCGACGGGUUCAACCUCCCAAUCCUCAUCGUGCCCAAAGGGAUAAGCGGUGCACGUGCAUGCGGUACUACCGGGUGCUUGGUGGACUUGAACGGCGCGUGCCCUAAGGUGCUCAGCGUGGAGCGUGGAGAUGGGAAGGAAGGUGUGGUCGCUUGCAGGAAUGAAUUCGCCGACGAGUUGUUCAAUAUUGAUCCCAGCGAGGCGUCCUAUUAUGGGCGGUCGUUGUACUCGCGGUUUUUCAAGUCCGCUUGCCCACGCGCGUUUACUAACCCGUACGAAGAUAGGGCUGCCACAUUGGCGUGUGCCUCGGCCACCGACUACAUUAUCAUAUUCUGCCCCUCACCGAAUACCGGUAAAACUACCGAAUAACCUUAUGGUAUGAAUUAUUUUGUGCUGAAAGUGGGGUUUGUUCAGUCGUUUGUACGGAUGCGUGGUUUGCCACGCUGGCACUUCCAAGAUAUUACCGUCUUGUAUGAAUAAUAAAGUGGAUAACGACGUUAUGAACAUUA